AUGGAAGCCCCUAAUCCCCCCUCCGCAGUCGUGCCAUUCCAACCAGCGACCAGCAGCCGUCCCAGGCCUGCGUGUGGGCGUGGAGAAGGGGUCUUCCAAAUAUCUAACGCAGACAAGUAUGAUUCUAUUUCACACUUGUCAAGAUCUGAUCUGCCUAUCGCUUCCAGCAUUUCCUCGCUACCGCCUACCAUAUCUCGUCCACCAUCUGUUACGACAGAGCUAAGACGUCCUUUGGUCAAUGUACGAAAUGAACGAAAGUUACGCAUCUUUUACCAAAAUGUUCGUGGACUCCGGACAAAAAUCGACACUUUCUUUCUUGCUGCUUCCUACUCUGAGUACGAUGUUAUCGUUCUCACUGAAACAUGGCUGGAUGAUUGCAUUUUAUCGCCGCAGCUUUUUGGCAGUUCAUUCACUGUACUUCGAAUGGAUCGCAGUAGGGUGAAUAGUCGAAAAUCGCGUGGUGGUGGAGUCUUGAUAGCCGUUUCCUCCAGGCACUGCUGCUGCAUAGACCCAGCACCGAUUAGUAACACGCUUGAGCAACUGUGGGUAAAAAUCCAACUGGAUAGGUCAUCCGUAAGCAUUGGAGUGUUGUAUCUGCCCCCUGAUCGUCAAAAUGAUCUUGAUGUUAUUCAGACACAUGCUGACUCAAUUGGAUCCGUUAUAUCCCGUCUGAAUCCCCUCGACAUUGCUGUUCUUUUUGGGGAUUAUAACCAACGAGAGCUGCAUUGGGUACCUUCGGAAAGCAGUGGCCUUGUUGUUGAUACAAGUAGAUCACGUUUAACCGCAGCUGGAAGUGCUCUGUACGACGCAUUUUGUUUUAACGGUUUGACGCAAACAAAUCCAGUCAAAAACGCUCGUGCUAGAACUCUCGACCUAGUGCUGGUGAACGAGCCAGCGCUUCAAAACCUUUCUGUGAUGGAGGCCGAAUAUCCUAUGGUGAGAAUUGAUCCGGAUCAUCCCGCUCUGGAUGUGACUGUGAUGGAAGUAGUGCCUAUUGCACUUGAAUUAGCUCCACAACAUCGGGCAUUAAAUUUUAAGCAUGUUGAUUACGAUGUGUUGAACGAAGCGUUAUCAGCAAUUGACUGGCAAUUCAUCGAUUCGCAAGAGGAUCUGACGGACAUUGUCGACAUGUUUACCGCAACGAUUCGAACAGUAAUUGAAGCUCAUGUUCCACUGCAACGACCGCCGAUGAAACCUGCUUGGGCCAAUCGACAUCUCCGUGAGCUGAAGCGCCGUAGACGAGCUGCCCAACGAAACUAUCAAACAAAUCGCACAUUUCUAGCAAAGCAACGGUUUAAACUCGCAAGCAACACAUACAAAUUUUACAAGCAAUUCCUGUACUCUCGUUACAUUGAGCGAACUCAAAGAAGCUUACGUCGACAUCCAAAAAAGUUCUGGUCUUUUGUUCGUUCUAAACGAAAGGAAAAUGGAUUACCAGCUUCCAUGUUCCUCAGUGAUUUGUCUGCUAGCACAGCUUCUUCUAAAUGCGAAUUAUUUGCUGAGCAUUUUAAAGCCGCUAUUUCGUCUUCAGUUGCUACGCAAGAUCAGAUUGAUGCUGCAAUACGCGAUACUACGCAGGAGAGUUUCGAUUGUGGAGUUUUCCAAGUGACAGAAGCGCACAUUUUGAGUGCAAUUCGAAAGCUGAAACAUUCCACUUGUCCUGGGCCAGACGGGAUCCCGCCAUCAUUGUUGAAAAACUGCUCGAACAAACUGGUGGCGCCUCUUAAUCAGAACGAGCAUUUCUCUGCCAAAAUGUGGCGAGUCUCUUACCGCAAAUUGGUAAAGACAUUGGUCGAGCUAGUUCUGGAUAUUGACAAAGAAUCGGCCAAACUCAUCGAAAAUGGAAACCAUGAACUGCACUACGGUUUUGAGUUUAUCCAACGCGAUGUCGUUGCCGUCACGGUUGAAGUACCGACAACCACAGGAAAGCAGGAUAUGGUGGUCACGUCGGCCUGCUUUCCGCGCGACCAAGUUACAGCAACAUUCGAAAUUCAGUUGACCUUAACUCGACAGAAAAUGAUCUACCAAACAGAAUCAUGGACGCUUUUAACGCAAAUCGUCCACCAACACAGCAGUCAGUAUGCCGUGAUGUACCCUGGUGGAAUGAUCAACUCAGUGACCUCCGUCUAG